GCAAGAAACAGACUCUGCGACCAUUCAGUUUAACGUGCCAAACGUGAACGAAUUUGACAACAAACUGAGAGGUAGGCCACAUACAGCGUGGAUUUCCCAUUUUCACUUGAAUUUGAGCUGCAUGGUGCAGAAGGGUCCCUGUGCAUACAGUGUGGAUGUUGGAGUUUGGGAUAGCCUGCGAGUAGACAGUGGUGCAGCAAUCCUGCUGUAGAGCAUAUAGUGUAAACAUGGUGAGGCUGGAGCUGGAUCGGGUGGUGAUGAGGAGGAUGAAGGAGGACGACAUAGAGGUGGUCAAAGCCCUCAUCAAGGAGGGCUGUGAGGGCACAGAGAACCGUCUCAUCCUCCACAUACUCACUCGUCCACUCUGCCUCUUUGUCCUGGCUGUUUUAUCCUCAAUCCUGCGCUGCCUCGUCCAUUCCUUUAUACUGGCCCUUGCUAUUCCUGUCUUCCUCUUAAUUGUGUUUCUCAAGAUAACCAUGCCGCGGUCCACAGGGGUUCUGGGCAGCAGCCGUCCCUACUGGGACUAUGUGGGGAGCAGCUUCAGGGGGGGACAGGAUGAGACACUGCAGAAUCCCUACUGUAGUAUCAGUGGCAAGACACCAGUGACUAAAAGGACAAGGCGCGGAAUUGCUCCCAAAGACAAGGACAAAGAUGUAUCAACAGAGAAGGUCACCCCGGAGAGAGAACAGGCAGCGGGGCACGUCUGGGUGGCAGAUUGCGAGGGUGACAUCCUCGGCUGCAUCUUCCGGGAAAGCGAGAAUCGAACGGGCAUCAGGAGGAUCUGCAGGUUGGUGACGGGCAGCUGGUACCGCAGGGAGGGCCUGGGCCGGCUGCUUGUCCAGAGUCUGGAGCAGAGAGAGAGGGAGACUGGCGCUCACAGAGUGUACGCACACAUCCCUUACCCCUCCAAGCUGGGGGAGGCCUUCUUCAGGAAGCUGGGCUAUCAGCAACUUGGGGAAGAGACUGAUGAAGAAGAUGAGGAGAGGAACUUAGAGACUCCAGAGAGAGGCUUUCUGGGAUACCCCCUUACUAAGGUGUUUUACAAAGACCUGUAAUUGAGUGAUGAUGGACUCAUGGAGAGAAAAAAAUCGUGUUGAGCACAGGAAUGCCUAAAGGUAAAGAAGACAUAACAAAUGCAAACUGUGUACCUCUGCCGAAGGUGAUAGUGUUAUUGCUGGAACAUGUUGGGAUAUUUGUUUAAGUUAAUAACUUAUUAGAUAUUUGUGUUAUUUAUGUCAGUAUUUAUUUACUGUAUGUGUUGCAGUUCUGUUUAUUUGAAGUUUACCUUUUCAUCAUGCAAAGUAUUUCUUCCUUUUCAUUGCAACAAAUGGUAGCUAAUUUUUGAAUUUCUCAAAAAUAACAUGAAGCUUCAGUCAUGCUGUUCUGUCAUCGUUUGUAAUGUAAUAAAAUAUUUAUGUAAAA